CAGCCAGACAGGACUAGUGUGUCCAAUAUCUUAAUACAACACGCAUCAUGUUAAUUAUGCUAAUAAUUCUAUACCAUUUACAAUUUCUUGAGUUAUCCGAUGGUGCUGUAUUGGAUCCAGCACUUUACUUGGGACCAAGCCCACCUCUUGCGGAAAUUCAAGAUAACCUCAAAAUAAGAUGGAGACAAACGGCCAUUCCUGCAAAAAGUGUGACAGAGCCAACAGAAAAAGAAGAUAUGGAGGCAGCUGAGACCUUCUGGCUACGUCUACAUUCAGACUACGGCCUCAAGAGUAUUCACAUCCCGCUCCAAUUUCAUAUAACGGGAACAUACGGAGGACAUUCAGGAACAGGAGUGAUGAGUGGCAGCUACGCCAGUAUCGGCAGUAACCUUUUGAAGACAUCCUUAGCUGGUACUAAUUAUGGAUACCCUGGUUUAAGGGUGUUUGGGGGUAAUGAUGCUCCCGCUUGGAGUGGAUGGGGUAAUGGAAAAUGGGGACAUUACGGCAAGGGAUAGAAGAAACUAUAGAUGUACUUAAUAAUAUUUGUAACUCAACUAUUUGGUAUUGAUAAACUAUAUAGCCUCCUCGAUUAAUGCGACAGAUCUAUUAAAUUUAUAAAAGGUAAAUACUAUACCAAGUAAGUAAAUCUUUUCAUAGGAAUGUGUUCGCUAGAAAAUAAAUUUAUGAAUGUAAUAGAACACAAGUUAUGUUCUAAGGCAUAACUAUAAAAACAACGUGGUUACAUUUUGUAAUCAAAAUAUAAUAUUUAUUACUAGAUGCUGCCCGCGACGUCGUCCGUGUGGAUUUUUUAAAGCAGCAAAAAUACAACAUCUAACGUCGAAAUAAGUUGCUUAUGAUAUUAUGUUCUCCCGUUCUCUUGUCAAUUAAAAUUUAAAUCUAUUCAGUAUCUAGUUUUUGCCUUUUUUCGGAUAAGUAUACUAAUAUACAGACAAAUAGCUUUUGUAGAACACCCAGCUUAUCUUAGUUCUUUAAAAAUAUUCAAUGUAGAUUUUAUAUUUACUUUACUUAUGCAUAUAUUUUAAGAUUUUUUUAUUUAAGUAUAUAAUUAAUGGCAAAUCUUAUAAUAAAAAUGUGCCAACAAAGUAUAUUUAAUAAGAGAUAAGCACAUUUUAACGAUUAGGUAACUAUUUUGCGUUUGAAGUACAAUUAGUCGAUAAGGUAAGACAAGGAGAAGACGGCUUUUUCAACCGGAAAGGGUUAUGCAGUAUUAUGUGACGCCACAGCUUCCUUCGAGUGGUUGAUGGAGCAUGUGCUGGCAGGUAUGUUGGGAAAAACCUGCCUUGUCUACUUGGAUGACAUAAUCAUAAUGGGAUGAAGUUUUGAAGAUCAUCUUAAGAAGCUUGAAAAAGACUUCACAAAACUGCAGGGUGAAGUGCACACCACACCAGCUUCCCUCAGUCGAUACAAUACCGAAUUAUAUUUUGUAUAAUAUAAUCGAACAAAAAAACAAAAUACAGUUACUGCUCUUUUCAAUGUUACUGUAGUUAUUUGAAGAAAAUAUGUAAAACUAUUUACCGAACAAAUUUAUUCCAAUAUUAUGAUUUCUAUGUUUUACAUAAAAAACCGUACCGUAUAUUUAUGAAUACGUUUUAUAUUUAUAUCUUUACAAACUAUAAUAUGGUUAUAUUUGUAGGCUGAAUAAUUUGUGUAAAUAGAGCGUCGAUCACAUUAUAAUUACUAUUUUAACACAUAAUAUAUGUAAUAAUAUGACACACAACCAAAUAUUAUACUACAAAUUUUCUAAAGUAGUUUGUUGGACGGUAAAAUAUUAUUCGUUUGCCUACCACAGUAACCAUUAGAGCUACGUCAACAAAAACUACGUAAACACUUAUAUUUAUAGGUAGCUGUUAAGUACAACGAUCAUUACUAGAUACUUAUAUUGUGCUGUUGAUUAAAAUAUGAACUAUUAAAUGA